GCGAAGCGGAGAAUGAGUUUGUGAAUCGUUCGUGGAAUGAAACACUCGCCGACGAGGGGAGAGGGAAUGCUGCGGCUGCCGUGGCUUGGCAAUGCGUUCACCACGUGGUCGUUCGCAGACGCGUGCGUCUCUGUUUUGCGUGGACUUUUUACUCUACAUUGAACUUCUUUCGCACCGGGACACGGUGAAGGAGCAUGACGAGGGAGGCCUGUCCGGGGUGAGAUCCGUGGUGCUGGUGCUCUCCGGCAAAGGUGGAGUGGGCAAGAGCACCGUGAGCACGCAGCUGGCGCUGGCGCUGCGAAACGCCGGACAGAAGGUGGGGCUGCUCGACGUGGACCUGUGCGGCCCCAGCGUGCCGCGCAUGUUGGGCCUGCAGGGCCGCGCCGUGCACCAGUGCGCCGCCGGGUGGCUGCCCGUGUACGCGGACGCCGGGCGCCGUCUCGCCGUCAUGUCCGUGAGCUUCCUGCUGCGGCAGGCCGACGACGCCGUCGUGUGGAGAGGCCCCAAGAAGAACGGUGCGGCACCGCGCCGGCGCUCGUUGUUGACUUGCGCGGCCAUGAUCAAGCAGUUUGUGAGCGACGUGCUGUGGGGAGAGCUGGACUUCCUGCUCGUGGACACCCCGCCUGGAACGUCGGACGAGCACAUGGCCAUUCUGGAGAGCCUGCGUGGCCGCUCACCUGCUGGCGCCUUGCUCGUCACCACGCCACAGGAGGUGUCGGUGGGAGACGUGAGGAGGGAGCUGACGUUCUGCAGGAAGACGGGGCUCAAGGUGCUGGGCAUCAUUGAGAACAUGAGUGGCUUCGUGUGCCCCCAUUGCUCCGAGUGCAGCAACGUGUUCUCCAAGGGCGGCGGGGAGGCGCUGGCCGACGAGUUCGGGGUCCCCUUCCUGGGCUGCGUGCCGGUGGAGCUGCAGCUGGCGCGGUGCGGUGAGGACGGCCGCUCCCUGCUGGAGGCCUCGCCGGAGAGCGGCGCUCACCAGGUCCUGCAGGCCAUCGCCCAGCGACUCAUCGUUGACCACGGCGGCGGUGGCGGCGGUGUUACGGCGAGUGUGGCCGUGCCGUGACCGUCUGGCGAUGGAAACUUGCUGCCCCAUCCCCCACCCCCCCCCCCCCCCCCCCCCCGACUCCUCCACCUCAUUCCAUCUUCGGGGUGCCGCGAUCUUAACUACCUCGCCGGGUAUGCAGGAGGUCGUGGGUUCGAUUGCGAUCCAUACAGUGCCUCUCUUCUUCCCGUGGUCGCGUGGAUUUUUCUCCGGGUCCUCCGGUUUUUCCCCCUCAACUUUUACAAUCGACAUCACCAACGCGUUCAGAGGAUUUGGCUGCAAUGCAUUUCCCACGCGAUGAUGAUGAUGAAUAAGCCACUUCAGCGGGCUACCAUUCGUGACGGCCAGGGUCGCCUCUGAAAAAAGAGCUUCACAGCUCAGUGGGGCCUCUUACCCUGGUAAAACAUUUAAUUUGUUUCGCAGUUGCAACUCGGGAGAAUUGAAAUCAUUGGUUCGAUCGUCACGCGACCAACAUUGUCACUCUCGUGCGCCGAGCGUGGUGGUUGGACCGGACGAUCGCUUCAAGGCGUCCCUAAGAAGUAGCUCUACCGUGCGUAUCCGCUUCCGCGGGCCCUUUUUCUCUUCACACCAAUUACACUUGCACUGCUUUGCGGGCGCUCUGGUCGUCUCCUGCGGCUCGUGACACGACACAAAGGGCGCAGUCGGGAUAGAGUUGCGAGUCGUCGUUAAUUAGCGGCGGCGGCGGCAGCGGCGGCAGCAGCCGGUUGUACUGAAGGACUUCACGCGAAGACGUUAAAGUGCGGAGGUCUGCAGCGAAGGGAAGCGCUUGCUGGAGGGUUCUUUUCACCGUGGGUCAAGGUGGUCCUCUCGCCAACUCCCUCUGACCUGCACGGUCACCGUGCAUGGGGAGGCGGGCAUGGUGGUGGUGCGGGGGGGGGGAGUUGGGGAAGAGGAGUGAAGCUUUUAGGGUCCAGUGGUUCACGAGACAAAGAUCCCCCGUGUAGCCUUCACAGACUGUUGGGGGCAAGUGCUGUCGACGAGCAGCACCUUUGAAGGCCGGAGCGGCACACGAGGAGGGGGUGGACGGCACGUCCGGCCGACUUUGUCUCCCCAGUGAUGACGUUUACCGCACGCCCUACCAGGUCCUAAUUUUGAGGCCGAGUCGACCUAGGGAAGGCCCAGAACCGGUUCAGUUAGUCGUCAGUGGUGUUGGCCGUGAGCGGGAAUUGAACUCGGGUCACCAGGUUUAUCGCGCAAGCCCGCUAACCGCUGCACCACCGCUCUACGAGACGCGCGUGCACGCACUGUGUAAGCAAAUCAUCGCUGUGCAUUCGCGGGAGACCGAUUAAAAUUUACACGCGAUUCGCCA